UGAGUGAUCAGGUGAGAUAUUAUCUAAACACAUAGCACUUUUGGGUGCCAUGAAAAUUCCUCCAAAAAAGCCUCAUUUUUUCAAACCCCUUCAGCCAGGUUUCAAGAAUGGUCUUAAAAUUCCUAUAGGUUUCUUGAAGUAUCUAAAGGGAAAUGACCAGAUUGAACAUGCAAUACUGAGAAGGGAUGGUAACAAGUGGCCUAUGAAGGUGAAUGGCCAUCGAUUCGAAGUGGGUUGGGCUGAAUUUGUACAACAAUAUGAUUUGCAAUUGGGAGAUAUAUUGAUGUUUAGACAUGAAGGAAAUAUGGAAUUUGAAGUUUCCAUAUUUGAUUCAACUCAUUGUGACAGAGAAUAUGCAGAGUAUAUGCAGGAAGGAGGAGGAGGAGGAGGAGGUGCCCAUACAGAUGAUGCAACAGAAAGACCAAUGAUGCACAUGAUCAAAUCGUCAAAAAAGGCUUCUUCCCAUGUAAAAGCUGCUAGUCAUCACAAGUCUUUUGGUCAUUUUGAAUGCAUUAUUAGAGAAUAUAGCAUUCGCCAAGGCUAUUUGUACCUUCCUCGACUUUUCGCAAUUGCAAAUGGUCUCAUCAAUAAGAAGUGUGAUUUGAUUAUAAGAGAUGAAAGACAAAGGUUGUGGAAUUUAAAGAUAAGUUCUUCUAUAACUCAAACUUAUAUUAUUGGAUGUGGAUGGACCAAAUUCUUUGCUGAUAAUUGCUUAAGGAAAGGAGAUCGCAUAAUGUUUGAGGUCGUUACUAAUGGAGAGACACCAAUAUGGAAAUUUCAAGUUACUAAUCGCGAAGCUUCAUUGCAGAAGUUUCAAGGCAUGUUUAUUCUCAUCUAA